CGUUGUGGGAAGAAAAUAGGCCUUACAGACUUUGGGCUCAGCUGCUGGGCGAAGGUGGCAGCAUAUCCUGGACCCAGGUCCACGGCGCAGCAGGGCGUCAGGAAGAUGUUACCAAGUACUUCAGUGAGUUCCUCAUUGCAGGGGAACGGAGUCUUGAACUCCAGGGAUGCAGCAAGACACACUGCUGGAGCCAAACGAUACAAGUACCUCCGAAGACUUUUUCGUUUUCGGCAGAUGGACUUCGAGUUUGCUGCCUGGCAGAUGCUUUACCUGUUUACUUCUCCACAGAGAGUUUAUAGAAACUUUCACUACCGGAAGCAGACAAAGGACCAGUGGGCCAGAGAUGACCCUGCUUUUCUGGUCCUAUUAAGUAUCUGGCUGUGUGUGUCUACCAUAGGAUUUGGCUUUGUGCUGGACAUGGGAGUUUUUGAAACACUAAAGCUUCUUCUGUGGGUCGUAUUCAUAGAUUGUGUAGGAGUUGGUCUUCUGAUAUCAACGUCGAUGUGGUUCAUCUCUAAUAAGUAUUUAGUAAAACGACACAGCAGAGACUAUGAUGUGGAGUGGGGCUACGCCUUUGAUGUGCAUCUGAAUGCUUUCUAUCCACUCCUAGUGAUUUUGCAUUUUAUCCAGCUUUUUUUCAUCAACCAUGUUAUCCUAACAGAUACAUUUAUUGGAUAUUUAGUUGGAAAUACCUUAUGGCUGAUUGCGGUUGGCUAUUAUAUCUACGUAACCUUCCUGGGAUACAGUGCACUGCCAUUUUUGAAAAAUACAGUAAUUCUUCUUUAUCCAUUUGCACCUCUCAUUCUGCUGUACGGGCUAUCACUAGCACUAGGAUGGAACUUUACCCAUGCUCUGUGUUCUUUCUACAAGUAUAGAGUGAAAUGAAGAAAGUGACAACAGUACUGAAGUGAUUUCUUGUAAAACUUGUAAAUAAAUUAUCUUUGUAGAUAUCUUAAAGAUGUAAAGUUUACAAAUUUGAGGUGAUAUGGUAACAGUAUUGUCAACAUUCCUUAAGACUAAUUAAAUGUACAUUUCUAUAAUAAUUUUUAAA